GAUAUGAGCGAAAUUAUGCGUGACAGACGUUACAAAUACAUAACAUAGUUUUCCGAACAGAAUGGAAACUGCCAGAAGCUUUCCGUACACUGCACGAAGCUAUUGCCAAUAAUGCAAACCAGACAAAAAUUGUAACGUAAUGCACUUGUUAAAGAAGGUCUUGAUUAAUUAGCGCUGUGACCGAUGUUACUCAGAAAACAGGGUCGGUAAUUCAUUUGAUUCGAGGUUUGCACUGUAGUGUAAAUGUACUGGAAAUCUAAUUGUUUUUCAGGCAGGCGUUGGGGAGAAUUGCACAACCAUGUCGAAGGGAGAGACGGAGGAGCUGAUCGAGAUUGAGAUAGACGGACAGGAGAAGCAGGAGUGUAUGGAAGAAGGGAUUGUGGAGCAGACAAUAGCAACAGCUGAAUUUGUCACCCAGGCCAUCGACAUUAAUGAACCAAUCGGGAACCUCAAAAAACUGCUGGAGCCCCGCCUUCAGUGCUCGCUGGAAGGCCAUGAGAUUUGUCUGCAAGAUAUUCAGCUGGACCCUGACCACAGCCUAUUUGACCAAGGAGUAAAGACUGACGGGACUGUCCAGCUCAGUGUGCAGGUCAUCUCCAGACAAGGCGUGGAGCCCAAGCUGAAUAUCUUGGAGAUCGUGAAGCCGGUGGAGACGGUGGAGGUUGUGAUUGACCCAGAUGCACACUCGGGGGUCGUGGAAGAGGAUCAGCUGGUAGAGGAGGGUCAAGUCAUCACCCUGGAUGGCAACAAACACAUAGUUGGGGGCAUCAUCGCCGAUGAGACCUCCGAGCAGGUCACACGCUGGGCUGCUGCCCUUGAGGGCUACCGCAAAGAACAAGUCCGACUGGGCAUCCCCUACGACCCAGUGCAGUGGACAGCAGACCAGGUGAUCCACUGGGCGGUGUGGGUGAUGAAGGAGUUCAGCAUGGUGGACGUGGAUGUAGCUGGUAUCCACAUCCCUGGUAGAGAUCUCUGCGGAUUCACCCAAGAGGACUUCUUGCAGCGUGUGCCCCAUGGAGAGAUCCUUUGGAGCCACCUGGAGCUGCUGCGCAAGUACGUGCUGGCCAGCCAGGAUCAAAGUGGACAGAUAGCCACUGUCACCAUCGAUCAGCCUGUUCAGAUCAUCCCAGCCACAGUCCAGCAGACCACCCCCACUGCCAUCAAAGUGCUGAAUAACACAGGCAAGCAGAGCAAGGUGCAGCGAGCCCCCAGGAUAUCUGGGGGAGAGGACCGCAGCUCUCCAGGGAACAGGACAGGUAAUAAUGGUCAGAUCCAGUUGUGGCAGUUUCUGCUGGAGCUCCUGACUGACAAGGACGCUCGAGACUGCAUCUCCUGGGUGGGUGACGACGGAGAGUUCAAACUGAAUCAGCCUGAGCUGGUGGCACACAAGUGGGGCCAGCGCAAAAACAAGCCCACCAUGAACUACGAGAAGCUCAGCCGCGCCCUCAGGUAUUACUACGAUGGGGAUAUGAUCUGCAAGGUUCAAGGAAAGCGCUUCGUUUACAAGUUUGUGUGUGACCUAAAGACGCUGAUUGGCUACAGUGCGGGGGAGCUCAACCACCUUGUGACAGAGUGCGAGCAAAAGAAGCUGGCUCGCAUGCAGCUUCACGGCCUGAGCCAGCCUGUCACCACCGUCACUCUCGCCACCAUGCAGGGGGACAAGGACAGCAGCUGAAGGGGUUGAGGGGACAGUCUGGGGGAGGGAAAGGGGAGGGGGAGCAUUGAGUGGCAAAGUAAAACUAAUGAAAAGCAUUGUUCCUGGACUGCUGGACAUCUUUCUCUGAGACCAAUAUUAAAGCUGUUUGACUCUUAAAGACCCACAAUAACCAAAUAGGACAUAUAUAAGGCAUACAAGGAAUGUCACUUAGGCACACUGUUUACCCUCUGAACCAAACAUUUAAAGACGUGCUGUAUUUUUAAAUGAAGACUUGUUUUGACCCUUAAAACAAUUUGGUUAUAUUUUACACUGUAGACUUAAUCUACAGUUUGCUUUAGACACACUAUUGUGUAGGGGGCCACAUGGCGCCAUGAGUAAUACCGUGAGCCAACUGAUCUGGUCUCGGGGAGGGGGGGGGG